CAGCAGAGGCAGGAAAAGGAGAAAUACGUGUUCUACUACAACAGAAUUCAUCGUUUACUGUCAAACUUUUCUAACAAGGAAGCAGAAAUGUCUGAUUCAUUUCUCGUAGUUGCCAUAGACUUCGGCACAGCGUUCAGCGGGUAUUGUUUCUGUGUGAAGUCAUGUACGGAUAAUAUCAGGUCUGUAUUUUGGGGAAUGGGGCAUGGAUAUAGGUCCCCUAAAACACCAACUUGUGCUCUAUUUAAUCCGGAAAAAAAGUUUAUAAAAUUCGGCUAUGAUGCUGUGAUUAAAUAUAACACAAUGGUUUCGGAGCAAUCCAGGAAAUGGUACUUCUUUGAAAAUUUUAAGAUGGAACUGUACAGCAAGAAAGUCACAAAAGAUUUAAUGAUCUCAGCGAAGAAUGGAAAGCCAUUUCAUGCCCUAGAAGUGUUCACAGAAAGCCUACGCUUCCUCAAAGACCACGCCUUAGACAACAUUGGAGAGGAGACCUGUGGGAAGAAGUUCAUUGCCUCGGAUGUGACCUGGGUGCUGACAGUGCCGGCAAUCUGGGACUCUGCAGCCAAACAGUUCAUGAGGCUGGCUGCCACAGAGGCAGGACUGGUAGAGGAGAUGGGUUCAGAGAACCUGGUUCUGGCCCUGGAGCCUGAGGCUGCUUCAGUGUGGUGCAAACAGCUGCCCAGCACUGGCUUUGUACAAGAAGGAGGGGGGGAGAACACAUUUGAACAGACCCCAGGGCUGCAAUAUAUUGCCGUUGACUGUGGAGGUGGAACAGUAGACAUCACUGUGCAUGAGGUCCUGGAAGGUGGGUCCCUGAAAGAGCUGCAGAAAGCAUCAGGAGGGGGGUGGGGAGGGUCGUCUGUAGACAAAGAAUUCAGAAGCUUCCUCAGGGACAUUUUCCACCCAGAUGUGUGGGACAGGUAUGAGAAGGAACAUCCUGGAGAACUUCACAAGAUGAUGUACCACUUCUCCACCCAAAAAUGUUCCUCUACUGAAGAAGACCUGUACAUUACCUGUUACAAGAAUUUAGUCAAAUGUGUAGAGGAGAAGAAGGAAAUCUCUGAGUUUUUUAAAGGCAUAGAGGGUGCUGAUUGGUCUGAAGGCUGUAUCAGAAUUACACACAAUAAACUGCAGAGCUUCUUUGAAGCUAGUUUGUUCAGGAUAGUGAAUGAAAUAGAAGCUAUUCUGUCAAUGCCAGAGCUUGCAAUCGAAUACAUCUUGCUUGUUGGCGGGUAUGCAUCAAGCAGGUUCUUACGAGAUGAAGUCCGAAAACAGUUCAGUAGCAGGUGCUGUGUCCUGUGCCCCUAUGAUUCACAGCUAGCCAUUGCUAAAGGAGCAAUUUUGUUUGGAAAUGACCCCAAAAUAAUCGCAUCUAGAGUCAGUGCGCUGACAUAUGGCAUUGCUGUAGGUAGGCCGUUUGAUCCUUCAGUCCAUGAUCCUAGAAAGCGGAGAGUGAAUAAAGCGGGUGAUUAUGUUUACUGUGAUGAUCUUUUUGAAAAACUGGUGGAAAAGGGUCAAUCUGUGGGCUGUCAGCAAGUUGCUGAGUAUUUCUAUUCACCAAUUGACCAGGAUCAAAACGCAAUGUGCUUCAGAUUUUUCAGUACAGAGAAGCUGAAUGCCAUGUACGUGGACGAGUCUGGAUUGGAGGAAAUCGGGUCCUUUACUGUGCCCAUGCCAAAUGUCAGGCUGGGAAGGAACCGGAGAGUUAGACUGGAUAUCAAAUUUGGUUUAACUGAAAUACAAGCAACAGCAACUGACUUGACAUCCAAUGAGACUCAAGCAAUCAGGCUAAACUUUUUUACAGAAUAAUGUAACACUGCAGUAUUUCUGCCUGCUUUGAAGGUACUAGAGUGUGAUACUCUUUCGAUAGUUACCUUUUACAUCCUACUUAAAAAUGAAUGUAUAAGAACAAUGUAAAAUGGUAAUUUAUGUUUCCUCAGUAAUAAAGUAUACAUUUUAGGUUGGAAACAGUUUUCCUCCAUGAAGAUGGUUGAUGUUACAUCUGUUUAGUCAUAUCAUCCAUUUGAAUGAGUAACAUUUGUUUGGAGAUGUCUUUGUAUUUUUUUUUAUUUGAAAACUUAAUAGCAGGGAGUGGUAUACAUUUUUCUGUUCCUGACAUAAACGACAAUCAGUAAUUUUAUAUAUAUAUAUAUAUAUAUAUA